AAGAGAUCUGAUUGGUGCAUAUGCGCUGAUCUUUCAUGGUCCUGCUGGGGUAGCUGGCUUAACCACGGAUGUCACACUACCAGACAAGGAGAAAUCCGCCAGAAAAGAUGUAAUUCAAUUGAAGUAUUAUAGAUCUCUUUUAAUUGAACAUUCUGAUGAAACUCUUUCAUUGAAUGAGCUAAUUAGAUCUCAAAAAAGAUUUUUUCGACUUCCUAGCAUUUAUUAUAAUGAAAAGAACUUUAUUGUUACUCCUGAACUUCGUAUUACUGAAGAAAAUGUUAAACUAACACUUCAAAAUUUAAAAGUAUUAGCUAUGCAAGAUGCCUUUAUCAAUAAAUCGAUUAGUACAAAUUUAAUCGUCAAUUGGUGUUUGUCAGUCACUGAAGAAUUGAUAGAAAAUGUUCGUAAAGUUAUAGAUUAUGUUAAUUUUAGUAAUGCUGAACCUCUUAUCUGUUAUUUACUGCUUAAAACAAGACGUACAAUUAAAUCAACUCCACCUAUUGAACAAAAAGAUGUUGAUCCUACUAAUUUACAAGAAAUUUCAGAAUCAUCUCAUUUAGCAAAAGUAAACAAGCCUUCACCACUCUGUACGCUUCCACCAGAAACUUUCUUGCAGAUUUGUAAAAGUUUAUCACCAGCUGAUUUACUUUCUCUUUCGAGAACUUGUAAAUUAUUUUAUAAUGAUCUUUAUUGUGAAGAUUCUUUAGCAAUUCAAGAAAUUUGGCGUCAAUCUCGUUAUUCUUUUAUGCCUUAUCGUAAACUUGUUCCACCUGAAGGAAUGAGUGAAAGACAAUAUGUCAGAUUUUUAUUAGAGAAUAAAUGUCACUUUUGUGGUCGUAAAAGGAAAUCUACUAAAGUUUAUUGGGAGCGUAGAGUUCGAUGUUGUGCGGGAUGCUUGGAAACUCGUAUGGUAUUACAUUGUAGAUGGGAUAUGAAUGGUACAAGAAUUUAUUGGAAAGAUCAAGUUAUUGAAAAAAUCAAAGAGAUUGAAUCAUUAUCUCAAACUGAUCGAUUAAAAUGGGGAGAACAACAAUAUAAAAAAUAUAAACAAAGUGAAAGAGAACUUAAUAGGCGUAAUAUAGAAGAUCAAAGUGCAAGACGACAACAAAGAUAUGAAAGAAAAAAAGCCUACAAGUAUAAUCGACCUUUCACUGAAAGAUCAUGGAAAAUUCUCAAGCAAAAACUGGUUCGAGAAUACUAUGAAUUAUUGGAUGCAGAAGAGAGCGAAACGGAUUUUGAUAUUAUUUAUAGUGAGGAUAACAGUGAUAUCUUUGAAGACAAAAACUAA